AUGAAAAUGGCCGGCACUGAUCCAACUAAAAGGUAUAUAAUGCAAAAUAACUUUUACUAUUAACAAGUACAUUUAAUCACAAAAUUUACAGGCAUACCAAUACCAUAACUUCGUACAAUAAUUGCUUGCUACCUCCGAGCACAUAAGUAACAAUUUCGUUAUUAUUUAAACUUAAAAUUUAUAGAAAAAGAAAGGAAUUAGACAUGCCACAAAGAACUCGCCAUGAGAAAGAUGUAUUGAGUAUAGUAAACACGCUUCAGAACAUGGUAAAUCCUUUUGAAACUGAUACUGAAAUAACAGAUAUGAUUCACUUGUCAAGUGGACUAGUAGCUACACCAGAUGUAAAGGCAGACUUACUAAGAACACAACAACGAGGAGAAGAAUGCGUGACUGCUUUUCUAAAAGACAGGUUGCUAGUUUCAGAGCCUGAUAUCUUCUCAACGAUUCCUAAGCUGAAAUUGAAAACCUUUUCGUCAAUGGCUAAGAAAGUUAAAGUUAGUUCAGCAAAAGGUGUGGAAGCCACCAUUAAGAAUAACCGUAACUUGUUCGCUCGAAUGCUCUUGCUGGCGCAAAGUAGAAAUGUGGACAUGAAGGAAUUGCUCACUUAUUCUUUGGGUCCAUUUCCUUUAUCUCUUUCAACCGAGAUGGGCACAUUGCACAAGACCCAGAAAAGCAAACUGAUGACGUCAAUCGAAUCAAGUGUCCAAAAUCACACAGUCGCAUAGGCGUACCGGGCGGGGGGGGGGCGGUAGCCCCCCCAGUUUUUUGGGCAGUCGGGCAAUAUUCGAUCAACAGUCGGGCAAUUUUGGCUUGCAAUAAAAAAAAAUGGGACAAAUUCUGUCAAGUUUGUCUAAAAUUAAGUAAAUUUUGUCUAAAUAUUGGAAAAUUUUGCGAUUUUUCGAAAAAUUGUGUUAUGUUCCGAAAAAAAUUGGUUGUCCGGAAAGUUUUUUUUGGCGACGGGGGGGGAGGUCGCCAAAAUAAUUUUUCCGGAAAAAUUUUUUUGAUAAUAGUCGGGCAGAAUUCGAAAAGUCGGGCAAUUUUCUUUCCACCCCCCUAAUUUUUUCCUUCCGGUACGCCCAUGCACAGUCGACAAUGUUCCGGAGGGAAACGCAAUCAUUCUUGAUGGAAUGGCACUCAUUCAAGCUACAAAGAAGCUACCUUCAUCGUUUUGAGAAUUUGCAGAGCAAUUGUUUUCAAGGGUGAUAAAGCUGGCAAUUUAUCACAAAUCUUCACGUGUUGAUUUUGUGGUAGACAGAUAUCCUGAUGUGAGCAUUAAAAACCUCGAACGGAACAUUCGGGCAAGUGGUGGAUUAGCAGUAAUCAAUAUAUAUGGAGCUGACCAGAAACUACCAGCACAAUGGGACAAGUUUCUUAAGCAUGGUCGAAACAAAGAAGCACUCAUUCGGUUUUUGUUUGAACAGUGGUGUACAUACACAUCGAUGAUGUUUAGUGGUAUUGUGGUCUACGUUUGCCAUGACGACAAGUGCCAUAGCCUUAAGCCAGGACUUGACAAUGCACCUAAUAUUAUUCGAGAAAUAGCAACAUUAUCUUGCGAUCACGAAGAAGCCGACACUAGAAUGCUACUUCAUGCAAAUCAUGCGUCUCAGUCACAUGGAAGUAUUGUAAUAAAGAGCCCGGAUACGGACGUCUUCAUUAUUAUACUUCAUUUUUGCCAUAUUCUCUAAUGCGAAAUAUUUUUUGAGACUGGUGCAAAUGAGAAAACUCGGAUCAUAGACGUCAGAUGUGUUGAACAGCAGAUUGGUGAGAAAGAAGGCAAAGCAUUAAUUGGAUUUCACGCAUAUACCGGUAAGCAAUAACUAGCUACAUUAUAUUAAAAAAUUAGGGUGCCGUUUCGUUAAUGAUUUAGCUAAAAGUGAGGUAGAUGUAUAGUAGCCACAUGUAGUUUGUAAGAACACAACAGCUUGUGCAUCACUGGAUCAAUUUUAGUUCAUUUACCAUUUCUAGGGUGUGAUUCUACGAACUCAUUUUAUGGUCGAAGUAAGAUAUCAACCUGGAAAUUAGUUUCAAAUGACGAAACAGCUCUCGACACAUUUGUGCGUCUUGGUGAGGACUUUGACGUUGAUGAAUCCAUUCGGGAAAACCUCGAGUCACUCACAUGCAUGCUAUAUGGGGCUAAGGAUACCACAUCUGUCAAUAAAGCAAGAUAUGACAUGUUUAGGAUGGGUAAAUUCUCUGAUACAGCAUUGCCUCCAAAUGAGGAUUUUCUUGUACAACACAUCCAGUGAGCAAAUUACCAGGCCGCAAUAUGGAAAAGAGCAACAACUCCAACAAUUGACGCGCCUUUACCAACUGAUCAUGGAUGGAAGAUUGGAAAUAGGAAAUAUUGAUGUGGUGUGGAUGACAAAGAAAUGUGCUCCUGAUGUACUGCUCAAAGAUUGCAACUGCAAAUGUAAAACCGGCUGUUCAACCCUAAGAUGCUCCUGUAAAAAGGCCAACAACCAGUGUAAUGAAAUGUGCCAGUGUGUUGGAUGCACAAAUUGUCCACACGAGUCCAGCGAAAGCGGUAGCCUUAAAGAUGAUUCAGAAGAUGAUCUGGGUAGUGAUAUGGAGGAAGAAAACUUGUAG